AUGGAAUUCACUAGUCUGCUUGAUACUUCAUUGGAUCUUAAUGCCAAACCAGCUCUAAGGAUUUUCGACGACGCCCAGAUACUGAAGGAAGAGGUGCAAAGUGAUUUCAUUCAGUUAGGAAGAAAUGUAGCAGUGAAAGAAGAGAGGGGUGCUCUAAUGGAGGAGCUAAAGAGGGUGAGUGCAGAAAACAUAGAACUGACAGAACUAUUAACAGUUAUAUGUGAGAAUUAUAAUGAACUACGAAAACAAGUAACGGAGUAUACAUCUAAGAAUCCUGCACUAAAGAGAAAAGCUGAAAGCAGCAUCAACAAUGCCAAUACUAAUCAUGGAAUAAAUGGCUCUGAUAAGGGUAGCUCAAGUGAUGAAGAUUCAUGCAAGAAACCAAGGGAAGAACACUUAAAAACACCGAUUUCUCGAGUUCACGUACGAACAGAAGCAUCUGAUCUGAGCCUUGUUGUCAAGGAUGGAUAUCAGUGGAGGAAAUAUGGACAAAAGGUCACAAGGGGUAACCCUUCUCCAAGAGCUUACUUCAAGUGUUGUUUUGCUCCAACUUGUCCUGUCAAAAAGAAGGUUCAAAGAAGUAUAGACGACCAAUCUAUUCUAGUUGCUACAUAUGAAGGCGAGCACAACCAUCCUCAACCCUCAAAACUUGAGUCCACUUCAGGCUCCAACCGGUGCAUGACACUUGGCACGGCCCCGACCUCUGUCAGCUCAUCCAGGUCGACCAUUACACUUGAUCUUACAAAACCAAAGCAAACUACUGAUAGUGCAAGAAAUUCAAACAGAAAAAUUGAUUCACCAGAAUUCAAACAGUAUUUGGUGGAGCAAAUGGCUUCUAUACUAACAAAAGAUCCCAACUUCAAAGCAAGCCUAGCAGCUGCCAUUUCAGGGAAAUUUCUCCAGCAGAAUAAAGCAUAG